AAGCAGGCGUGGAGCAGAGCACAUCAGCAGCAGCACCAUCAGCACCAUCAGCACCUCCACCUCCUCCUCCAGCCUAGUCCAUUUCUUGCCCUCUUUGGUCAGCCUUCCAGAGCCUUUUCAAUGUAUAAAAUGGAAUAUUCUUACCUCAAUUCCUCUGCCUACGAGUCCUGCAUGGCUGGCAUGGACACCUCCAGCCUGGCAUCCGCCUAUGCAGACUUCAGUUCCUGCAGCCAAGCCAGUGGCUUCCAGUACAACCCCAUCAGGACCACUUUUGGGGCCACCUCCGGCUGCCCGUCCCUCACCCCCGGAUCCUGCAGCCUUGGCACUCUCAGGGACCACCAGAGCAGCCCCUAUGCAGCAGUGCCUUACAAGCUGUUCACUGAUCACGGAGGACUGAAUGAGAAGAGGAAGCAGAGGAGGAUAAGGACCACCUUCACCAGUGCCCAGCUCAAAGAACUGGAGAGAGUGUUCGCUGAGACCCAUUACCCUGACAUCUACACCCGGGAGGAGCUGGCCCUAAAGAUAGACCUGACUGAGGCCAGAGUGCAGGUCUGGUUCCAGAACCGCCGGGCCAAGUUCCGAAAACAGGAGAGAGCAGCAGCUGCUGCUGCGGGCCGCGGCAGCCAAGAACGGCUCCGCGGGGAAGAAGUCAGACUCCUCGCGGGAGGAUGACAGCAAAGACAGCAAGAUCACCGACCCUGACAGUACUGGGGGGCCAGGUAACAACCCUAACCCCACCCCGAGCUGCGGAGGGGGCCCCAGCCCUACAGGCUCCCAGGGCACAGGUGGGCCCCAGGACCAAGUCAAAGUUGGAGUGCAAGGUGCUAGCCUGUCAUCAGCGUCGGUGGUCGGGGGCACUGGAGGGGCACAAGGCUGGGCCACUGGUCCAGGGGGCACCAUCACCUCCAUCCCUGACUCCUUAGGAGGUCCAUUCGCCAGCGUCUUAUCAUCUCUGCAGAGACCCAAUAAUACCAAAACCAGCUUAGUGAAGAGCAUGUUUUGA